AUGGAAAAUGCAAAUGAUAAUCACUGUGCUUCUCUGGAUACCAAUGCAUUAUCGUUAAAUCAUAGUGUUUCUCCGACAUCCGGUAACAGUUCAGAUAUAUUUCUCUUCGAUGAUUCUUCGAUGUCCGACGGUAGUCUAUAUGCCAGCGAUCAAGAAAAUCAUUCAGUACCAAGAAAAAGGUCGACUUGCCGGCGCCACAGACGAAGAUCACGAUGUCCUCAGCAGCAGAUACAACAGCGGCAAGCAGCGAACUUGCGUGAGAGGCGUCGGAUGCAGUCCAUCAAUGACGCCUUCGAAGGUCUUCGAGCACACAUACCGACACUUCCGUACGAGAAACGACUAUCCAAAGUUGAUACACUGAAACUGGCUAUUGGAUAUAUCGGCUUCUUAGGGGAAUUGAUACGCGCUGAUAGAACAACACCGGAAACUAUGCUCAGUGGCGUCUCAAAUAACCAAAAUACAGAUCAAGAACAAAAGAAAAUCAUCAUUAGAGCCCGACAAAUUUACGAUGCAACCGGCAUACCGACGGUAGAAGUAGAUAUGGUGACUGAACUGGGACUUUUUCGAGUCGGAGUCCCGUCAACGGACGAAAAGAAAAUAGCUGAAGCUGUUCAGCUACGUGACAAUAACCCUGCUGAAUAUGGCGGAAUGGGUGUAUUGAACGCAGUUAAAAACAUUAACACUAUAAUUGCUCCUGAGCUUAUAAAACAAAACCUGGAAGUGACAUUGCAAAAAGAAAUAGAUCAUUUCAUGAUUGCUCUAGAUGGAACAGAAAAUAAGUCAAGACUUGGUGCAAAUGCAAUUAUGUGUGUGUCUUUAGUAGUCGCGAAAGCUGGCGCAGCCAAGAAAGGUGUUCCUCUAUAUAGACAUAUUUCUGACAUGGCUGGUGUAGCAAGUAUUAUAUUACCAGUACCGCAUUUUACUAUUUUGACGGGCGGUGUAUUAAGCUGUAACGGAUUACCAUUUCAAGAAUACUGCAUUAUGCCUACAGGAGCUUCAUCUUUUACUGAAGCGAUGCGAAUAGGAACCGAAAUUUAUCAAUACGUGAAAAAGAUUGUAACUGCAAAAUAUGGAGUCGAAGCCUCAUACGUUAGUGACUCCGGUGGUUUUGCUGUUCCAUUAGAAAGUCAUAGGGAUGCAUUGGUUUUACUUACGGAUGCUAUUAAGCAAUGUGGCUAUUUUGGUAAAGCAGAUAUUUCAAUUAACGCUGCUGCUACCGAUCUUUUUAAGGACGGAGCAUAUGAUCUUGAGUUCAAAAAUCCCAACUCAAAUCCCCAAGAUUAUAUGUCAUCAGACAAACUUGCUGAGGUAUAUUUAGAUAAUAUCAAAGAGUUCCCCGUCAUUUCAGUGGAAGAUGCUUUUGAAUUUGACGAUUGGGCUGCUUGGUCCACUUUGACUGCGCGCACCCAACAUCAGCUCUUUGGGAAUGAUUUGACUCAGACUAACUUGCGAAGAGUUGGUCUGGCGGUAGAAAAGAAAGCUGGUAAUGCUAUAGGUCUUAGAUUAAACCAAGCGGGCACUCUUACUGAAGUAAUUGAAGCCUACAAGUUAUUAAAGACUAAUGGAUUUGGCAUAGUCGUAUGUGACCGAUGGAGAGACACGGAUGAUUUAUUCUUAGCAGAUUUAGUAGUGGGCUUGUCAGCAGGUCAGAUAAAAUGUGGUGCACCAGCGCGAUGCGAACGUAUAGGAAAAUAUAAUCAAAUUAUUAGAAUUGAAGAAGAAUUAGGUGCAUUAUCCAAAUAUGCUGGAAAAAAUUUCCGUGGCCAAAUGUAG